AUGAUCAAGGGGAUCCUCAUCGUGAACAACCACGGCAAGCCGCGCAUCGUCAAGUUCUACGAGCACGUGCCGGAUGCCGAGCAGCAGGCGGUGAUCCGAGACAUCUACACGCAGGUGUCCAAGCGCCCCGACACGCUCUGCAACUUCCUGGAGGGCACGGUCCGGUAUUGGGGGGACGGUGUUAAGCUUAUCUACCGACACUACGCGACGCUGUACUUCGUCUUCGCGGUGGACAAGCAGGAGAGCGACCUCGGCAUCUUGGACUUGAUCCAGGUGUUCGUGGAGACGCUGGACAAGAUCUUCGAGAACGUGUGCGAGCUGGAUCUGAUUUUCCACAGCGACAAGGUGCACUACGCCCUGGACGAGAUCGUCAUGGGUGGCAUGGUGCUGGAGACCAACAUUAACGAGGUGCUCACGGCGGUGAACGAGAUGAACCGCAUGGACAGCAUCUCGUCCAGACGCUCGCUGCAGUCCACGAUCAAGAAGUAA